GAGGCAUCCAACUGUAACACUCCCGCAGAUUGAUAGUCAUUACCGGCGGAAAAUCUUGGCCGGUAUCGUAUCUAACUGGCGUCUCAUCUUGUAAUGAUUCUGCUCCAUCCUCCAUCUCGCAUCGUAUCUUUAGCUCUCCUUUAUGACACACCCGGCUUGCUCAGUGAAGCUCCCCGGAUGAUGCUAACGUUAGCUACCUAGUACAUGCAGCGUAAUCACCUACCUCACACAGUCAGGUCAUCUCCAUCACACAGAGACGAAUAGACAAGACAGAAGACAAAGACGAGGUGACAUGGCAUGUCUCUCUCUCUCUCUCUCUCUACUUGCACCGUGUUUCCAGGGGUUGCCAAGGAGAUUUGAGAUGCCUCAAUUAGAAUGGCAUGCUAAUGCGGAAAUUCGAAUACUCUAUUCUAAGUUUUUCUUCAUCGUCAAAGCCACGUGCAAUGAUGCUGCUGCGGCUCUUUUUUUGACCCUGCCCUGCUUUUUAGUAGUACACGCUAUCGUCUACCGCUUGUUUGUUGACAGACACUUUGGCCAUCAAAUGUCCAUAACUUUUUACCUUGUAUCCGAGCGUAUGCAUAACAGCACCUGACUUAUCUCUGCUGCAGCCAAGCUGCUUUUUUUUACUUUCACAUUAGGUCUCUUCUCGUCUAUGGCGGUACAUGCGAGCGGCCCGUCGGACGGGAAGCCAAUCAAGUGGUGGGGUACAAAAGGACGUGUAAGACUUUCUAAUGAAUAAACUUUGAGAAAAACAAAAAG